AUGUCUCGAGUCCCAUCCGUCAUCCAAGCGCCCACACCGGCCCAUGUCCAGACAUACUACUGCACCCACACCAGGUCAAACCGAUCAAACAUCGAGGCAACUGUGAGACGGCUACUUGGUGACUCGGCUGACCAGCCGCUCCGUCGACUGCCUGAGCAUGGCGAUUUGGCCAUUCCGCGCCCCCAUAGAUCGGGUGGUCCCAAGUUCUGGGUGGUCAGGAUCUCCGGUCAGCUAUCACAGGGAGAUCAGGAUACCAUACUUGAAGCCGCCAGGAAAAAUGCUGUCGUCAAGGAGAAGGUUCAAGCCAGGCUCGACCAGGUGGAUCGUAAGACCUGCCUGGCACAUAAAGCCAGCAACGACCGUUUCAGGUCUGCCGUUGACCAAGGAAAGCUCGAUCUCCGUGGAUUGUCCCCUUCCGACUUUCAAGAUGUCCAGGUUGACCAUGUAGCCGAUUUCUUCCGCUUCGGUCAGCUGGCUACCUGCUCUGCGAUCACCCAAGGUCAAUCAGAGAAGCUGCACAUGGAUAACCAUGAUGACCGUCGUCUAUACACCACACUCCUCGUCUUGGGUCGGGAGAACUUAGACUGGGAUCACACAGAUGGUAGGCCAGGGCUCCUACCUCAUCGAGUGGUGGCUCUCAAGCCAGAAGAUGCCAAGAAACGAGUGGUGAUCACCAUGUUCACCUGCGAGCCUACAACGGAUUACUUGGACAUGCAAGGAAUCAUGUUACCCCACCUACAAGGGAUCUCCCUCGGAUCACACUCAAGAAGAAAACACGGUGAGGACAGGUUCACUGCAGAGGAGAUGGCAGAGACGGGCUUAUGGGUGUGCUCCUGCGGAAAGGUGACAGUUAGUGAGAGAGGGUUAUCCCACCACCGCAAACGAUACCCCAGUCAUCAUGUGUAA